CUCUCCGCCCCCCGCCCUCUCCUUCCCUCCCAGUGGCGGCCUCCCUCCCUCCCCCCACCCCGCCCGCCUGCCCGCCUGCCACCUCCCCCCGGUUUCUCAUUCCUGCCACUAGCGCGCUCAGCGGCUCAUUCCGCGGCCGCCGCCAGCCGAGGGGAGCGUUGCUGGCCGAGGAGCAGAUUCCGCGGGGGCCGCUCGCAGCCGCCGCUGACUUGUGAAUGGGAUCCGGACUGGGGCUGGGGCUGACACUGCUGCGCUCGCCCUGCGCCGGGUACAGCCGGCCCGGAGGUCGCGCCCACCCGCAAGGGCCCCAGAAAUCACUGUGUUUUCAGCUUCAUGGCCCUGUGAUGUCAUUUCUAUUGCCAUUUGUUGAGUGACCAAUCAGAUGGGUGGAUUGUGUUAUAGAAAUUGGCAGCAAGUUUCCAAUGGGUGAAGAAGAAGCCGACGGAGGACGUGGGCAGCUCUGACGUGAUGAGCUCAGCGAGCCGGGACAUUCCGUUCCAGGAGAGGUCUGCGUGACGCGUCUGGGAGGCCACCCUUGGGAAGACCCACACAGGGUCGGUGGAAGGGGUGACAGCCACAUUCGCCUGUGCCUACCACGUAACCAAAAAUGAAGGAGAACUACUGUUUACAAGCUGUCCUGGUGUGCCUGGGUGUGCUAUGCCACAGCCAGGCCUUGGCCACGGAGCGGCGCGGCCACCUGCGGCCCUCCUUCCACGGGCACCACGAGAAGGGCAAGGAGGGGCAGGUGCUGCAGCGCUCCAAGCGGGGCUGGGUCUGGAACCAGUUCUUCGUGAUAGAGGAAUACACCGGGCCUGACCCGGUGCUCGUGGGCAGGCUUCAUUCGGAUAUUGACUCUGGUGAUGGGAACAUUAAAUACAUUCUCUCAGGUGAAGGAGCUGGAACCAUUUUUGUGAUUGAUGACAAAUCAGGGAAUAUUCAUGCCACCAAGACACUGGAUCGAGAGGAAAGGGCCCAGUACACGCUGAUGGCUCAGGCGGUGGACAGGGACACCAACAGGCCCCUGGAGCCGCCGUCAGAAUUCAUCGUCAAGGUCCAGGACAUUAAUGACAACCCUCCGGAGUUCCUGCACGAGACCUACCACGCCAACGUGCCCGAGAGGUCCAACGUGGGAACGUCAGUAAUCCAGGUGACAGCUUCAGAUGCAGAUGACCCCACCUAUGGCAAUAGUGCCAAGCUAGUGUACAGCAUCCUGGAAGGACAGCCCUACUUCUCCGUGGAGGCACAGACAGGUAUCAUCAGAACAGCCCUGCCCAACAUGGACAGGGAAGCCAAGGAGGAGUACCACGUGGUGAUCCAGGCCAAGGACAUGGGGGGACACAUGGGCGGACUCUCAGGAACGACCAAAGUGACCAUCACACUGACUGACGUCAAUGACAACCCACCAAAGUUUCCGCAGAGCGUGUACCAGAUGUCUGUGUCAGAAGCAGCUGUCCCUGGGGAGGAGGUAGGAAGAGUCAAGGCUAAAGACCCAGACAUUGGUGAAAAUGGCUUAGUCACAUACAAUAUCGUUGAUGGAGACGGGAUGGAAUGGUUUGAAAUCACAACGGACUAUGAAACGCAGGAGGGCGUGGUCAAGCUGAAAAAGCCCGUAGAUUUUGAAACCAAAAGAGCAUAUAGCCUGAAGGUAGAGGCAGCCAACGUGCACAUCGACCCAAAGUUCAUCAGCAACGGGCCUUUCAAGGACACAGUGACGGUCAAGAUCGCUGUUGAAGAUGCCGAUGAGCCUCCUAUGUUCUUGGCCCCGAGUUACAUCCAUGAAGUCCAAGAAAAUGCAGCUGCUGGCACUGUGGUUGGGAGAGUCCAUGCCAAAGACCCCGAUGCUGCCAACAGCCCGAUAAGGUAUUCAAUCGAUCGUCAUACUGACCUCGACAGGUUUUUCACUAUUAAUCCAGAGGAUGGUUUUAUUAAAACUACCAAACCUCUGGAUAGAGAGGAAACUGCCUGGCUCAACAUCUCUGUCUUUGCAGCAGAAAUCCACAACCGGCAUCAGGAAGCCAAAGUCCCAGUGGCCAUCAGGGUCCUUGAUGUCAAUGAUAACGCUCCCAAGUUUGCUGCCCCUUAUGAAGGCUUCAUCUGUGAGAGUGAUCAGACCAAGCCACUCUCCAACCAGCCAAUUGUUACAAUUAGUGCGGAUGACAAGGACGACACAGCCAAUGGACCAAGAUUUAUUUUCAGCCUACCCCCUGAAAUCAUUCACAAUCCAAAUUUCACAGUCAGAGACAACAGAGAUAACACAGCUGGGGUGUAUGCCCGGCGCGGAGGCUUCAGUCGGCAGAAGCAGGAUUUAUACCUUCUGCCCAUCGUGAUCAGCGACGGUGGAUUCCCGCCCAUGAGCAGCACCAACACCCUCACCAUCAAAGUCUGCGGGUGCGACGUGAACGGCGCACUGCUCUCGUGCAACGCGGAGGCCUACAUGCUCAACGCUGGCCUGAGCACCGGUGCGCUCAUCGCCAUCCUGGCCUGCAUCGUCAUUCUGCUGGUCAUUGUAGUAUUGUUUGUGACUCUGAGAAGGCAAAAGAAGGAACCACUCAUUGUUUUUGAGGAAGAAGAUGUCCGAGAGAACAUCAUUACCUAUGAUGACGAAGGUGGCGGGGAGGAAGACACAGAAGCCUUUGACAUUGCCACCCUCCAGAAUCCUGAUGGUAUUAAUGGAUUUAUUCCUCGCAAAGACAUAAAACCGGAGUAUCAGUACAUGCCUAGACCCGGGCUGCGGCCAGCGCCCAACAGCGUGGACGUCGAUGACUUCAUCAACACGAGAAUACAGGAGGCAGAUAACGACCCCACUGCACCUCCUUAUGACUCCAUCCAAAUCUAUGGUUAUGAAGGCAGGGGCUCAGUGGCUGGGUCCCUGAGCUCUUUAGAGUCGGCCACCACAGAUUCAGACUUGGACUAUGACUAUCUACAGAACUGGGGACCUCGAUUUAAGAAACUAGCAGACUUGUAUGGUUCCAAAGACACUUUUGAUGACGAUUCUUAACAAUAACGAUACAAAUUUGGCCUUAAGAACUGUGUCUGGCGUUCUCAAGAAUCUAGAAGAUGUGUAAACAGGUAUUUUUUUAAAUCCAGGAAAGGCUCAUUUAAAACAAGCAAAGUUUUACAGAGAGGAUACAUUUCAUAAAACUGCAAGGACAUCAAAGUGGUAAAUACUGUGAAUUACCUUUUCUCACACACACAAAAAGGCAAAUAUUGAAGUUGUUUAUCAACUUCGCUGGAGAAAAACCACUUGGCAUACACAAUAUUUAAAGGAAGAACUCUAAUGCCGAACUGACAAUGAAGGGAAAUCGUGUACGUGUUACGAACACCUAAGUCAUUUCUUCUUUUUUAAUUUGUCAAAGAUGCUUCCACAAAAUUAGAAGGGACAACAGUUCUGAGCUGUAAUUUCGCCUUAAACUAUGGACACUCUAUAUGUAGUGCAUUUUUAAACUUGAAAUAUAUAAUAUUCAGCCAGCUUAAACCCAUACAAUGUAUGUACAAUACAAUGUACAAUUAUGUCCCCUGAGCAUCAAUCUUGUUACUGCUGAUUCUUGUAAAUCUUUUUGCUUCUACCUUCAUCUUAAACUAAUAUGUGCCAGAUAUAACUGUCUUGUUUCAGUGAGAGACGCCCUAUUUCUAUGUCAUUUUUAAUGUAUCUAUUUGUACAAUUUUAAAGUUCUUAUUUUAGUAUACAUACAAAUAUCAGUAUUCUGACAUGUAAGAAAAUGUUACGGCAUCACACUUAUAUUUUAUGAACAUUGUACUGUUGCUUUAAUAUAAGCUUCAAUAUAAGAAGCAACCUUUGAAAUAAAAGAAAAGAUUCUUUUUUAAUUCUGGGUUUGAUUCUUAACAAGGAAAAAGAUUUUGAGUAUUUCUAAUGAUCCGUUUCUAUCUCUAAUUUAAUUGUGAUCUUUUUAGUAACCCUAUUUAUGACCUGUUGUAGUCUAUCUGCAGCUUGUAUUGUUUAUUUAAAAUCAAGUAUGUUUUACAAAUUUUUUUUUCAGCAAGAUUCUGUAACAUCGUGUAAAGCUUAUUUUAUUUUAUUUUUUAUUUUUUUGGUACAUUCUCGGUGUUAACCUCCUGGCUUCUCUUUGCAUACAUCUUCUGAUAAAAGAAGGAUGCUAAAGAAAUAGGUCAGUCUAUGACUUUGCAAUAUGUUUUAUAUAAUAUACGUUUAUCUUGUGUAUCAGUAAUUUGGUGGUUGUGAGAGACAAAUCCAUGAGGGAACAGAACUGUCACAACUCUAAUGUUCCAGGCACAGAUUCUGUAUCCUACACGGAAAAUUUGGAAGUUGGAAGAGUGAAGCGUCAAAACUAUAAAUUUGCCCCAGACUCCAAUGUUAAUUCUAUUUUUCCAUACACUGAACUUACCAGGCUACUGUAAGAUGCUGACAGUUGAAACUGCUUAUUUUUCCUCCUGUAAUUUUAACUUCCCUUGAAAUGAUGUGGUAUUUUAAGUUUUGCUAAGAGAAAAGAUUGAUUCAUUCCAAAAACUUUUAUUGAGAAUAUGCCUAGGACCAUAAGCUCAGAAUAAGGGCAGGGACCAUUUGUGAGUCUGAAGGUCAACACCAUUUAAUCUGUGAGUUUAUUUACAGUCUUCUGCCACCGCAGCUAGUUUCUUGGGAUGUAUGUGAAGGAUAUUUCACCUGUUCAGUUGGGCCAAAGGUCAAAUCAUAGCAAUACUGGGGGAUAGACCCCACAAAGUCAUGCUGCAAAUGUUUUCUUUCUUUGCCCCUGAGCACAGGGCAUGUUACUUUUUCUUGGAUUGCAGACACUUUUUAGAUGAUCCUCUUCUUUCCUUCUCUAUUACGAAAGUUUGUUUCACGCAUUUCUUGAUAUCCUGUUAUAUACCAGUUUUUAUGACUCAGUCAACGUGCGUACAAAGAGAAAUGUUUUUAUGAAGUGCUAGCUUCCAUUUUACUUUUCAUUUAAAUCCAAUUGGGCUGAACACUUCAAUGGAAUAAAUUCUGUGGACGUUGUCACUUUAGAAUCAUCUCGGUGAAGGAUUGCACAUUCUCAAUACUUUCAUAAUUGCAGGUUGUAUUCAUUUUUUAUAUAGUUCUUUGUAAUCCAAAGAAUAUUUUGCUAGAUUUGCACAGAUCUCCAAUUGAAUUUGAAAUGAAGAAAUAAGUCAAAAGGAACAUGAAUAGCAUUGAAACAAGUGUACAGCUGUAAGUAACCCUCUCACCAGGGAUGAUCCUUUUUUCUAGAAAUGUAUCUGGAUUAGAUUUGACAACUACAUUUUCACAUUUUUAUGUUUAAGUGUUUUUUUUUUUUAAGGCUGUCUACUUUUCAAUAGUUAAAUAUACUUGUUUUUCUCUCUUCUUUUGAUCUUUUUAAACAUUUUAAGCCUCUGUUGUGUGUAGAACCAUUUUAGAAGCUUGGAAAUAAAAUGUCUUUCCCAA